CUCCAAGUCAGAAGGCGGUGCAGCCGGACACCCUCCUGAUCAUAUCAAUGGGUCUCGCUGCCAGGACAACAAGAUCUGAUGGCGGUGUGAUCGCGCGCUCUCCCUCGCUCUCGCUCCGGCUUUCGCUCCGCAACUUGCAAAGAUGUCAGUCUCGGGCAAGAAGGAAUUCGACGUGAAGCAGAUCUUGAGGCUUCGCUGGAGAUGGUUCAGCCACCCCUCGCCGAGUUCCACCGGCACCGGAGGUUGCCUGCAGCAGGAAGGAUAUGAGCACAGAGGGACCCCGGUGCAGAACAGGCUGAAGAGCCACUCGCGGGACAGGAACGGGCUGAAGAAAAACAACAGCCCAGGCCAUCCCAACAUCCUGGCGCCAGUGCCCGGCCCGACGCCGGUGCCCCACCGGCCGAUCCAGACCUGGCCCGAACAGCGGCAGCACCUCAUCGAGCAUCUGCAGGCGGCGGAGGGGACGCCGAAAGCUGCCAGACAGGAGGACAGCGACCGAGAGGAGCCGGAGAAAAGCACCCAGGAGCUGCAGAUGAUCGCCGAGGAGAGCAAGGACGAGUCCCUCGACAGGCUAUCAAUAAGCAGCUGUUCCUCUCCUGCAGGAGGGAACGUCAACAGAUCUGAUGAAUGCUUCCAUUCCACAAACCACGCAAAGCAGACAUUCCGCAAGAUGGAGAACUAUCUCCACCAGAAGCAACUCUGUGACGUUCUUCUAAUUGCUGGAGAGCACAAGAUCCCUGCUCACAGGCUGGUUCUGAGUGCUGUGUCUGACUAUUUUGCUGCGAUGUUUACCAACGAUGUCCGCGAAGCAAAACAGGAGGAAAUAAAAAUGGAAGGGGUGGAUCCCGAUGCGCUGAAAGACCUCGUGCACUAUGCCUACACUGGUGUCUUGGAACUCAAAGAAGAUACUAUUGAAAGCUUGCUGGCGGCAGCUUGCCUUCUCCAGCUGUCCCAAGUCAUCGAAGUCUGCUGUAACUUUCUCAUGAAGCAGCUUCAUCCAUCAAACUGCUUAGGAAUUCGGUCCUUCGGAGAUGCUCAGGGGUGCCUAGAACUCUUGCGAGUGGCACACCUGUACACCAUGGAACAUUUCACGGAAGUAAUAAAGAACCAGGAAUUUCUCUUGCUGCCUGCCAGUGAAAUUGCUAAGCUUCUGUCCAGUGAUGACAUCAAUGUCCCAGAUGAAGAAUCCAUAUUCAAGGCAUUGAUGAUGUGGGUUCGGCAUGACUUGCAAAACAGGCAGCGGGAGAUGGGAAUGCUUCUCUCCUACAUCAGAUUGCCUUUGCUCUCCCCCCAGCUAUUAGCAGAUCUGGAAAACAGCCCCAUGUUUACCGAUGACCUCGAGUGCCAGAAACUUCUCAUGGAAGCAAUGAAGUACCACUUGCUACCAGAAAGGAGAUCUAUGAUGCAGAGUCCUCGUACCAAGCCUCGGAAGUCCACCGUUGGCUCUCUUUAUGCUGUGGGGGGAAUGGAUGCCACCAAAGGCACCACCACAAUAGAGAAAUAUGACUUGAGAACAAACAGUUGGAUUCAAAUUGGAACCAUGAAUGGAAGGCGGCUGCAGUUUGGAGUUGCUGUGAUUGACAACAAGCUCUACAUUGUGGGAGGAAGAGAUGGCCUGAAAACAUCCAAUACAGUUGAAUGUUUCAAUCCAGUAACCAAAGCCUGGACUGUGAUGCCUCCAAUGUCAACCCACAGGCAUGGCUUGGGUGUAGCCAUGCUUGAAGGACCAAUGUAUGCUGUUGGAGGCCAUGACGGAUGGAGUUACCUCAACACGGUAGAAAGAUGGGACCCCCAGGCCCGUCAGUGGAAUUACGUAGCUAGCAUGGCAACACCUAGGAGUACUGUGGGCGUAGCAGCACUGAACAGCAAGUUAUAUGCUGUUGGCGGGAGAGAUGGAAGCUCCUGCCUGAAAUCCAUGGAAUGCUUUGACCCUCACACAAACAAAUGGAGCAUGUGUUCAUCAAUGUCGAAGAGGCGUGGGGGAGUUGGCGUUGCAACCUACAAUGGGUUUCUCUACGCCGUUGGAGGCCACGACGCUCCUGCUUCUAAUCACUGUUCUCGACUUUCUGACUGCGUAGAAAGAUAUGAUCCGAAAACAGACACUUGGACCACUGUAGCACCUUUGAGCAUUCCUCGUGAUGCUGUUGGAAUCUGCUCUCUUGGAGACAGGUUAUAUGCGGUAGGCGGCUAUGAUGGACACACCUACCUGGACACGGUGGAAUCUUAUGAUGCACAAAACAAUGAAUGGACAGAGGAAGUUCCAGUCAACAUAGGAAGAGCUGGUGCCUGUGUCGUUGCCGUCAAGCUGCCGUGACAGACAUUUCCAGGUGUGGCAUAACACACCAGUGCAGCUCCAGAAAGCAACAUGGCAAAAGAGGAGGAAAUGCACCCUUGAAAGCAACACAAUGGGCUUCCACUACAGGAGGGCGAAUGACAAGGAUGAGCCUGUGUGCAGCCUGAGCAUGAAAAUAACAUUUUCUGCAUUCCAAAGACACACUUGGCAGAUGUUUGAUCAUCGUGGGUGAUGUUAACCCCUAUCUGGAGGGAGGAGCUGGGUACAUACUGUGCUUUGAGAGUGAGAGAGAACACACUCCAUUGUAAACUGAGGCCAACCCCAAUUCUGUCUCAAGAACAGCUGAGUGUGCAGCUGAAAACAAAUGAGAUAUUCCACCCUCCCCAUAGCUUUUUGUUGAAUAAUCAGUGGCCCUGCAGCUCUAUAGGAAGAAGCAGGACAAGGAGGGAUGUGGAACCCUCACUACUGGGAAGCCUGUUUGGUCCCCUCCCGCCACACAAAGACUCCUCUGCAGGGUCUGGUGUCAGCACCUGGCAUCCUUGGGCAGUUACCAGGGUCCCAUUGCUUUGACAGGGCCCACUGCUGAUGCCUCCCUUUGGCCCUCUUUUUGUCACUCCUCAUGGCCCAGUAUUUUAUGUCAGGCAGCUGGAUCUAGCCAUCCUUUACAUUUCCCACAGUGCCCCAUGACCUAGGGUCAUUCUGGGGCACUGUGUAGGGAAAAUGAAAAGGAUGGCUAGGCACUCCUGCCCAGUGCUCCUUGGAAUGCAGCAAGAUAAAUUCACUGAAGAGGAGGGGGUUCACAGGACAUGCUGCCCAAGGCCCCAUUGUAUCCAAGCUGCCCCUGAUCUUGAGGCUUCUGAGAUGUCUCUAGACCUGGAUUGGCAACUUAGCACCUGUGGGCUCAGUGGUGCCAUUGAAAUCUUCCCUAUGGAAUCACUGCCCUCCUGGUCAGAAGGUGGUAGUGAUGGGAUUUCUUAGCUGGUGCCCCUUUGAUAGCAUUCAGUCGACCUAAAAGGCCAGUAUCGAUGUGAGGUUGUUCUUUGUCCGCUAGCCACUGCUUUCACGCAUCCAGGUUUCUUUCCCCUCACACAAAACAUUGAUAUUAAUAUUGAUAUUUUAAAAGGAAAUAUUUAUAAAUGAAAGGAAAUGUUGAUAAAAUAAUCAUUCUUAAUAUCAAUAUUUUAGAGGUUUUGAAUUUUUUUUGAAAAAUAUCCACAGAAAAUCACUACAGAAAAAUCUGAUCCGCAAUGAUAGAGAAUAACCAAUUUAAUGCAAAAUUCAGUAUCAAAUCCAAAUUGGGCAGAAUUCUAGCACACCCCUAGAAGGUGGUGAGGAGCACUACCUUUUUCGGCCUUGAAAAGUACAUAGGGCUAAAGGAGGAAGCUGGAAGAGUGACACUCUUUCCUAUGUCCUUUUUC